UUUUCAAGUUACUAUGAUAUCGAUAAUCGAGUCGACCGAAAAUAAUAACAUUACUGUCAAUUCGAACCAUCGAUUGACUUCAUUCCAUCAUACUAUCAUAACAGUUUAUAAGUUUUGCAGACUCAAGCAAAGCAAGUUCGUCACACGGCCCAAAUUAUGCGGUACGCUAUAAUUGUGAUGUGUUUGAAUUUAAGUGGAUUCAAUUUGCCAAUUGUGGAUUGCUAUGGCUCAGAUAACUCCUUAACCUUGACCAAAUAUCAGAAUUCUUACACGAUCAUCGACAGGCAGAAAAGAUUCAGCAAAAAAAAAAUUAAACCUAAAAAUUUGCCACCUAAAAUUGAACCGGAGCCUAUAAAGCCUGGGCCAAUAACAGAAGAUAAGUCCGGUAAUAUUGCCAUAAGAGUUAAUGCCAAACCUGGUGCAAAGAAAACAGAGAUUACAGACGUGAGCGCCGAUGCAAUUGACAUUAAAUUAAAAGCACCAGCCCAAGAAGGAAAAGCAAAUUCUGAACUAAUAAACUUUCUUUCGGAUGUAUUGAAUAUAAAAAAAAAUGAUAUAGAAUUGAAACGAGGUCACCAAUCUCGAGAUAAAACUGUCGUUGUGGGUGGAUCUGGCAACAGCCCAGAAAGUUUACAUAAAAAGGUUUUUGAUUGGAUUAAAAAUCCAAAGAAGAAGGGACGCUUUUAAUGAAUAAAUUGGUCAGUAUUUAUUAGAAAAAUGUAUCUGUAAAUUCUAAGUAUCAUAUUUUUAUCUAACACACUUGGAAAUUUGUACUUAUAAAAAAAAUAUUAGUAGAACCAUUAUUUUUAUGAAUCUAACAAUUGUUUAUAAUUAUGUUAUUAAUUUGAAUACAAAAGUAAAAACUUUGACUUAUUUCUAUGGAAA